AUGUCGACCCCUUACGAGGCGAGCAAUGCAAGACAAGACAAGACAAGCUCAAGACGACUAACACCGUAUCUUGCGAUAUCUAAAGUCGAGCACAACAUCAAGGCUUCGAGCGCGCCGCGCCGGAAGCGCCAGGUCGACAUGUCCACCUUCAACUCCCACCUCCACAGCAUAUCCUCCUCCAACCCCGCCUCCUCCCCCUCAGCGACCGACCCCAUCGAGGCGGCCCUGCAGCAGCACCAGCAGCAGCAGCAGCAACACAACAACCCGCACGCGACGGCCAACCCCGUCGACAUGGCGGCGCUCUUCCGCCUCGUGCAGGACCAGGUCGCGACGCUGCUGGCCGACGCGCCCGACGACGCCAACCGCGACCUGCUGCGCGCCAUGGCCGAGUCGCUCGAGGACGACAUCGCGCGCCCGCCGCGCGAGGUCCCCGGCGUCUCGCAGGAGUACCUCGACUCGCUCGAGCGCGUGGCCCGCGGGCGCCUGGGCGCCGAGGACGCGUGCCCCAUCUGCGCGGAGCGGUACCUCGACGACCGGUACUGCCUCGUCGUCGAGCUGCCGUGCCACGCGAGCCACCGGUUCGACCUCGAGUGCGUGGCGCCCUGGCUGCAGAGCAAGGGGACGUGCCCGCUGUGCCGCAAGGACCUGACUAAGAAGAAGGAGGUUGCGGUGCCGCAGGACGACGAUGAGGAAGAGGACGACGGUGGGAUGUAUGCGUGA